CUUGUCAUUUAUCACUAAAAGUUGCGACGUUGUUUUGAAAUCGAUUUUAUAAUAUAACAUUAUAAUACAUAAUUCAUGUGAUUUUUUUCUAAUUAAAAUAAUAUUGCAAAUAAAGUAUUCGAAGGCAGGUUACAAUGAAAUUAUUAUAAACCACAUUUUCUAAAAGGGGUGAGAGGAUAAAAAUUAAAUCAAAACUGAAGAGAACAAAAAUGUCGGCCUCUGUGAAGGAAUUUAAUAAGACCUGGUGGUCAGAAGUGUAUAAUCGUAUUAUUGGGGCGGUGGUAUUCUUGGAUGCUCACAGCGCUGAAUGCCUGCAUUGGGAUGGUGGACUCUUCAAUCUUAUAAACGGUGGAGCAGUUGCUGUCAAAACUUUGUCGCCUUUUGAGCGUACCAAAAAGGAGCACAAAAAGGUAGUAUUUAUUACUCAAGCAACAAGCAUACAACUGAAGACUAUUAGAGAAAUAACUCGCCAUGGUGACUUUACUCAUUGUAUUCUCAUAUCAAGUGUGAGUCUGGACAUUGUGUAUUUGGAACUGAAUGAAGGGAGAGACAUUGGCGAUGUUGUAUCUUCAGGUCGGGCUCCUGGAGAAGCCACUAAGUAUUUGGAGAAUAUGCUCAUUGAAUGCUGUGGAAAGAAGCAAUGUGUCAUAGAAGUGGUCUUUGUUCCGAUAUUUGCUGUGACACCCACAAAUGUUGUCUUUCUCACACCUCCGUAUCACCAAAUAUACCCCAUGUUCGAAGAGAAGUUAGUACCGGAUACUCCCUCUGUAGACCUAUACACACUUACAAAUGAACAACGCUUGAUGGUAAGGAGACUAACGAGCAGUUUAAACAGUCUGUUGGACUCAAUGAAUAUGAAAGAUGAUGUUUAUUAUAUGGGAACAUACAGCACACUGAUUGCUGGUAUUUUAGAAAAUUCACCAAUCUGUGUAUCUAGACGGAAGACCUGCUCAAACCCGACCUCCUUAAUCAUUGUUGAUCGCACAUUAGACCUGUGUGGUGUGACGACACAUUCUACUGAGUCCAUUCUCGAUAAGAUGAUGGCUGUGCUGCCAAGGUUUCCCGGACAUUCAAAUGAAGUGGGUGUUGAUAUGUCAGCUUUGUGUGAAGCUAAUGUAAUCUGUCAUCCUAACGACAUCCAAUUGAGCCCCGGUUGUGUUUAUCACGCGAACGACGACGUGUGUCUCCAGACGUACGACCACAUGAUAAAUAAGUCCCAGAAGGAAGUUAUGUUUGAUAUAUAUAAUAAACUGUCCAAAAUCGACGUCCAAAAGUCACCCGGACCUAAGACACUAUUGAAAGUAACACCGCAAAGUGUUGAGAAGAUCGUCAAUGCUUCUAAAGGUAACUAUGAAAUAAUAGCCAGCAAUCUCGGCAUACUCCAACAAGCAUUAGGUGUGGUGCAGACAUUGAAGUCACCAAAGAGGGUUCAGUACGAGCUACUCAUGAGUUUGGAACGCCAGGUGUUACAGAACUUAGCAGCCAGUAGGGAUUCCACUAGCGUCUUACUCCAGCUGGGUCAUUUGAUUAAGACACGGAAAGACCGUGAUCUACCAUUGGAGAGUCUCCUGGCACUUCUGAUUAAUGUUUAUUCACUAAUGGGAACGGAGGUGGCAUUCAAUAAAAAUCACGAGGAGAGCCUACAGGAAGCUCUCAGUGUUGCCAUAUUUGAAGACCACAAAAACAUCCUAGACACCACUACCAUUGCCGACAUUGUUAUGCCAGAGGAAUGCGAGUCGAUGGCCACAGUGAUUAUGGCCAGGUUGAAAGAAAUAUCGCAGAUGAGAAAAACGCUGCAUAAGUUCACAUCAGUACUCCGUCCAUGCGAGAGCGGUUCAGGUCACGAAUACUCCGGGGUUCUGCAACAGCUGGUUGAGGGUUUGGUGGACUCAGAGCGGCCAGAGUUGAGCGACCUGCGACACAGACAUGAUGGUAUCAAAGAUUUACUAAGGAGUGGACUUAACAUACUGACAAGUAAGAAGAAACAGAUAAAGCACCCAUUGGACAACUCCACCGUCAUCAUAUUUGUGGUGGGAGGCAUCACGGCCGAGGAAUGCAAACAACUACACAGAACCGUGAUAACGAGCGGUGUUGAUAACAACUUCUUGAUCGGAUCCACCAAAUUUGUGACACCCAUUGAAGCUAUGAGAGACGUCCUGAAUUUGCGAUAUUUCCAGGAAUUGAUAUUUAGAGUCGACUAUACAUUAAUGUGAAGUGACUUCAAAUAAGACUUUCAUGUGAAUUGAAAGUGAUGUUUUAAGUGUUUGGAAACGGACAGUGCAGUUCCGUGAGAACUAUCAGUUAUGUGUGCUAACUAGUCAGGUAGACCUAUAAAUAUAUGAUCUACCAUACAAAACUGAAGGAAAACUGUAGUUUCAGUGGAUCAUCAAUAUUGGUUAACGAAAAAUUUCUAUAUAUAUAUAUAUAUGUCCAUAAUGAUUGUAUUUGAGAAAUACAUUCCUUUACUGUGUACCCAAGCGGUAUAUUUGUAUAAACUUAUAUACAUUUGAGAUAAUAAAGAUAAAGACUUUGACAUUUAAUCUGAUAUUUAAGGAACAGAUAAUUAAAGCAUAGUUGUAUGUAAAACUUCGUAUAUGUAUAUUGAAUAAUGUAUAAGUUUAAAAAAUGUAAUUUUAAUUAAAUGUAUUUAUAACAAUAUGGUAAAGUAAUAAUGAUCUUGUUUUAUAUAUAUAUAUAGACAUAAGAUAAAUUUACUGUUUAUUCUUAAUCACACUUAAAUUUACACAACUCUGUAUAAGUUUUUAAAAUGUAUCUCUUAGUUAUGUGAAUAGUAACUUAAAAUGUCAGGCGAAUAUUUCUUUGUUGUUUUUUCAUAUUAUACAGAUAUAAUAGAAUUUUGGUUCUUAAUUUGUAUAUUUUUAGAAUCUAGAAUUGAAUAACAUAUUAUAUUUUAUAAUGUACAUAUAUCUACUUAUUUUGUUACGUAUAAUGACUCAAUGUAAUAUAUCAAGUGUUUGUAAUAAAGUAAAUUAUUUAUUAAUGUGCAAUGCAAUUACAAUGCAAGUGGAAAAAUAAAAUUAACUUUUUUUUGUUAUUUAGUUUUAUGGUUAUUGUAGAUAAGUUUUAAAUUAGUGAUAUUAAUGUAAUAAAUUAUCUUAAAUUAAAAUCGUAUAUUCCUGUAUUGAGUAGCAGGAUUGAGGUGGGAAACACAUACAUAUAUAUAUAAAUUCUCAGUUCAUAUCUAAACCUGUAUUUUGUACAUUUUAAUCAUAUUUGUCCUAUAUUUUUAAAACAUUUUCUAAAUACUUAUAUUUUGAAAAUUUGUUUAGAAAUACUAUUUUUUUUAUGCUAUGGCUUCAUUUGCACUGGAAUCGUGGAAUAUUCUGCCAAUGUCAACGUUUUUAUUCGUGUGGAAACACGAAGGAGUUUGUCGAAAGGAAAACUAUUUACACAGACUAUUGAGUAUUGACAUAUACCUAUUCUUUAUUUCUUCCACCUUAAAUUCUUUGAUAGCAUCAACAUCUGAAAUCAGUGUACUAUAUUUAUUUGGCCGAACAAAAUUAUUGAUUGUGAAUCAGUCUUUAGAGUUGUACAUAAUAAAUAAACUUGUACUAAUUCUCUAAUAAACAAAGUCAAGUGUCAACUGAAAUAUGAAAAA